AUGGCGCAGAGCAUAUUGGUGACAGGCGGCGCGGGGUACAUCGGAAGCCACACCGUUCUUCAGCUAUUGUUGGGAGGGUACAAAGCCGUAGUGGUCGACAAUCUCGAUAACUCUUCCGAAAUUGCCGUCAAAAGAGUCCAAGAACUCGCCGGUGAUUAUGGCCAUAACCUUUCCUUUCAUAAGAUGGAUCUACGGGAUAAACCUGCACUUGAACAGCUUUUUGCUUCGACAAAGUUUGACGCCGUUAUCCAUUUUGCUGGAUUGAAAGCAGUUGGUGAAAGUGUGCAGAAACCCUUGAUGUAUUAUAACAACAACCUCAUUGGUACCAUUACACUGUUGGAAGUAAUGGCUGCCCAUGGAUGCAAAAAGCUUGUGUUUUCAUCAUCAGCUACCGUUUAUGGUUGGCCAAAGGAGGUUCCAUGCACAGAGGCAUUUCCCCUAUCUGCUGCAAAUCCAUAUGGACGAACCAAGCUUUUUAUUGAAGACAUAUGUCGUGAUAUCUACGGUUCAGACUCCAAAUGGAAAAUUGUAUUGCUGCGGUACUUUAACCCAGUAGGAGCACAUUCUAGUGGCUAUAUUGGCGAGGAUCCUCGUGGAAUCCCAAACAAUCUCAUGCCCUUUGUGCAGCAAGUAGCUGUUGGCAGGCGGCCUGCAUUGACUGUUUUCGGGACCGACUACUCAACCAAGGAUGGUACAGGGGUACGCGAUUACAUCCACGUCAUGGAUUUAGCAGAUGGGCAUAUCGCUGCAUUGAGGAAGCUCUCUGAUCCUUCUGUAGGCUGCGAAGUGUACAACUUGGGAACUGGGAAAGGAACAUCAGUUUUGGAAAUGGUAGCAGCAUUUGAGAAAGCAUCUGGAAAGAAAAUUCCCCUUGUGAUUGCUGGCCGGCGACCUGGUGAUGCUGAGGUUGUGUAUGCAUCAACAGAUAAAGCAGAACACGAAUUGAACUGGAGAGCAAAAUAUGGAAUUGAGGAGAUGUGCCGUGAUCAAUGGAACUGGGCCAGCAAGAACCCUUAUGGCUAUGGAUCCCCAGACUCCUCUGCUUGA